AUGAGUUUAAAAGAGAGAUUCACAAUUUUAGUCACGUUUCAGUCUUCCUUAUUCGCGCUUAAAAUCUUUUCACAGCGAGCAUUCAUGGUCCUGCCAUUUGAGUUAAUCGAAGAGAUUCUUCACAGGACUCCGGCUGAAUCUUUGAUCCGAUUCAAAACGGCGUGCAAGAGAUGGUACAAUCUCAUCAGCAGAGACAAGAAGUUCAUGUACAAUCACUUAGAUAAGUCUCCGGAACGGUUUCUGAGAAUCGAUGGUUGUGAGAUGGUUCAGAUCAUGGAUCCGGCGACAGGGAUUUCCUCGGUUACGCCAAUCCCACACGUGUUUCGCGACACGUAUUCGAUUAUUUCUAUGGUUCACUGUGAUGGUCUGAUGUUGUGCAUUUGUCGAGGACAUAGGGCUAACGCCUGUCUUGCAGUUUGGAAUCCUGUUUUGAGGAAGUUCAAAUGGGUCAAACCCUCUGUUCGUUGCUGGAAUAGUGAUUACUUCGGGAUCGGAUACGACAAUGCAUCUCGUGACAAGUACAAGAUCUUGAGGUUUUGGGGUCCUCUGUCCCAUCCUAAUGAUGAUAAAUCAGAUCCAAAGUUUGAGAUCAAAGAAUCCAAUUCUGAUUCGUGGAGAGUUCUUCUUGGUGCUGAGUUUGAUGGGGAAGUAGAUUUGGAUUGCAGAGGUGUGUCCGUGAAGGGUAAUAUGUAUUGGACUGCUGAAAACAAUAACAAAGACGGCUUCAUUCUAAGUUUCGACUUCUCCAUGGAAACAUUCAAGGACUUGUGCCUUUGUCCACCUGAAUCUUCCGUUACUCGAAAAUUAGCCUGUUUCGAUGGAGAUAGACUGUCUUUGUUACAGCAGCAUUAUGAAGAAGAAUCACCGGAGAUUGAGGUGUGGGUGACAAACAAGUUGAGCGACGUAGUUGUUUCGUUUCACAGAUAUUUAAGUGUCACUAAACCUGGUGCUGCAGCGUUAUGUUUCAAUAUGGCUAUUACGGGAUAUUCCGUUGGCAAGCACAGAAAUAUCAUGGCUUGGUGCGAGGGAGUUGAUCACAAAGAAGAUGAUGGGAGGAAUGUUUGCAUCAAGUUUUACGAAAUUGAUGAAGGUAGGAUCACAAAACAAAUUGUGACAGGAAGAUAUCGACAGAUUAUCUACCGUGGAUCGUUGAAUACUCGUAGCUAUGUGUAUGUUCCAAGUCUAGUUUCGAUUCCUGGCCAGAGGAAUAAGAGGUAG